AGGGUCACUCAUACGCUGUAAUCGUAGACAUGAUGGCAUGUUUACACGGUGUACACAUCAGCUUAAGGUCGCUGAAAAGCAAACUGAAUGAUGCCGGGUUAUAUCGCAGAAAGGAUUUGUCCUCUACCGACGUCAUAACUAGAGCAAUACGAGUGGAACUUCGUGGACCUGGACAGCUGUUUGGCUACCGCAUGAUGUGGCAGGUACUCAGACAAAAGUACAAUCUGCGAGUGAGGAGGGAUCAUGUAAUGAAUUUGCUCCGGGAGCUUAAUCCUCAAGGGUGCGAGAGGAGAGCACGCAGAAGGUUUAUAAGAAGAACCUACCACUCCAUGGGACCGAACUAUAUGUGGCACGUGGAUGGUUAUGAUAAACUCAAGCCAUUCGGUCUGGCACUUUCAGGGUGCAUCGAUGGAUUUUCCCAUAAAGUACUGUGGCUUAUAUGUGGCGCAACAAAUAAUGACCCAUCUGUGAUCGCUCACUAUUUCCUGUCAUGUGUGCGAAACCUCGGUGUCAUCCCCAUGAGACUGAGAACCGAUUGCGGCACGGAGAACGGGACCAUGGCCGCAAUUCAGUGCACGCUACGCCACCACCACAAUGACUACUACUCUGGAGCGUCCAGCCACAUGUAUGGCUCAUCCACAACCAACCAGAGGAUUGAGUCCUGGUGGUCCAUAUUCAGAAAGGGAAGGUGUCAGUUCUGGAUGGAGCUAUUUGCAGACCUUAGAGAAGCUGGAUACUUAAAUGGGAGUCACGAGCAUCAGUGUCUGCUGAGAUAUUGCUUUGGUGAUGUUAUUCAGAGGGACUUGGAUGAGUGUAUGAGACUGUGGAACAGUCACAGGAUCCGCCCCUCCAGAACAGCAUCAUGUCCAGGAGGAGUGCCAAAUGAGCUCUACUACUUACCACACAGGUUUGGCUCCAGAGACUGUGGAUUUAAAAUCGAAAUGACUGAACUGGAUGCCUUUCCUGACGUUCAUCUGACAAGAGCUCCAUGUGGGGACCCAAACAUGCAAGAAUACUUGGACUUUGCAGUGGAGCACAAUCAUUUACAGAAGCCAGAACAGUGGCAGUCUUCAACUGAACUAUAUCUGAAACUAAAAGAAAUUGCUCAGCUAUGAAUUGAAGGGAAGUUUAUUGUAAUGAUGGUGGAACAUGUACACAACUUGUCACCCACAGUUUCAGUAUUUAAAAUUUGGAAAUAA